GGACCUUUAUGAAAAAAUUAUUGCUCACCAGAAAGAUCUCGACAGUUUAACUGAUGAAGCGCAUUCCUUGACUCAUUCUUCUGGAGUAGAAAGUAUUAAGUUCCAAGUAUCCCAGUUAAAUGUCAGAUAUCAAAAUCUUGUGUCAUUGGUGAAGACUUUAUUGGUUCGCUGGGAAUCUAUUAUCCAAGACCAUACAGCAUAUCAACGUAAAAUAGAGGAAUUUGAAGCAUGGUUAGCAUCUGGGCGAAAGAUUUUGGCAGAAGUAGAGAUUGAGGAGAGCAUAGAACAAAGCAUGAUAAAGUUACAGAUGUUGGUGAAUGACAAGUUACAAGGUGAACAGUUAUUGACAGAGACCAUACAGUCUGGUGAAAGAUUAUACCAAGAUACUGCUGCACCAGGACGGGAAAUAAUCAGAGUGAAAUUAAGAGAGCUCCGGGACAAGUUUGAUCUUUUCUCAAAUAAUGUAUUGGAAGUACAAAGGCAAUUAGAUGCUCUUAAUCAGCACUGGAUCAGUUUCAAAGAUACAUUCAAACAAAUAUUGAACUGGAUGGAUAACACUGAAAAGACUCUUGCUUCUGAUACUGCAAAUCGAACUGCAUUUCAAGAUAUAACAACUCAUUUGUUGAAAUAUAAGGCAUUGCAUCAAGAAACUGAAUCGCAUAAAAGGCAACUUGAUUUACUGCAGUCAAAAGUUCAGUCAGUUGCUCCACUCAUGAAAGAAGAAGAUUUGCCAUUGUCUGUUCUUGAAGCAACUGCUCGUUUUAAUAUGCUUGUUACCCACAUAAAAGAUCAUAUGGGAAAAACAGAAUUGUUAUCUACUUUGUAUCAGAAGUGUAUGGACCUAAAAGAAGCAUCUGAAGAAUGGUGUCAGAAAACUGAAGAAAAGCUGGUCUUGUGCUCUGACUUUUCUGGUAAUAGGACGGCCUUGAAAACAAAAGAAGAGAAACUAAAGGAAUUGAAAGAAGGUUUACCUGAUGGAAAAUCAAAAAUAGAUUUGUAUGGAGAAAGUGUUCAGAAAUUAUUUUCUUUAAUAACUCCACAUGACUUUGAUCAGCUUGUGAAAGGCCAUGCUUUUUUAGAAAAGAGGUAUGAAGAUAUAAUAACCAAGACUGAUGAAACUUUAAGAGAAAUUGCUGAAAAGAUAAAACAGUGGGAAACUUAUGAUGAAAAAUGCAGUGCUUUGACAGUGUGGCUUGAAAAUAUGGAGCAUAAAAUUAAAAAUUUCUCUUUGAAAACAACUAUAGAAGAGAAGAUUGAGCAACGUGACAAAUUCCAGAUGUUGCUUGAAGAUAUAUUGGCCCAUAAGUCAACUAUUUUUACUUGCGCUAAUAGUGUGGAUUUGAAUGAACAAGCAUUACUCAGUGAGCUUCGAGCUAAGGAAGCCAAUUUCGAUGUGUUGUCUGAUGAAUCUCAAGAAUUAAUUGCCUCCAGUGGUGAAAUAAGAAUUUCUAUGGGAGCAUCACAGCUAAUCUCAAGGUUUCAGUCAAUGCAUCUUACAUGCAAAGAACUUGCACGGAAAUGUGAACAGUAUGUUGAUGAUCAUUUGCAGUUUAAUGAAAAAUACAAAGCAUGUUCUGAAUGGAUUGAAGAAGCUGCUUCUCGUUAUACAAAAAUUAAUGCAAUGCCAUAUGAUAAUCGAGAGACACUGCAGUUGAAACUUAAUCAAGUAGAAGAGUUGCUGCAGUCAAAGGAUACAGGUCUGAAUAUGCUAAGUGCUACUGUGCAGUAUGGUGAGCAGUUACAAGUGGGAUCUUCCCAAGAUGGUUGGGAAACUAUUCAAGCGAUGUUACAAAAUUUACAGUCAGCUUUUGAUAAAAUAUUUGAUGAUGCAGCCAGUUUGGAUAGGUCACUUUUAUCCAUUCAGUUUGCUUGGACUGAUUUUGAAGAAUCACUGCAGCGAUUACAAUCAUGGGUUUCUGCAUGCAAUAAAAACUUUUAUGAUUCUCCAAAAUUGGCCAGUACAUUAGAUGAAAAGAAAGCUUUAUUGCGAACAUAUAAGUCAUUACUGAUUGAUAUUGAUGGUCACGAAAGAGCUAUUGAAAAUCUACAAUUUUCUGCUGAUUGUUUGCCUGUUGCAGUUAAAGAUAUUGAUCAAACUAUUAAUGCGUUAGCAAAUAAUCAUGCAUCUUUGAAACAAAAGUCUGAGGAUUACAUAUCUUUUUAUGAAAAUUCUGUUAAUGACCAUGAAGAAUUUAACAAAUCAUCAGCUGAACUAAAGAGUUUGUUAACUGCAACCCAGUCUUCAAUCACUGCUUGCAAUGAAUCAAAUCUAGAUCGAAUUUCUCUUUUGAGCAGCUUACAGACUAUAAAAAAUGUUAUUGCUACCAUUCCUGAUGAGAAGCCUAAAUUAAUUGCGUUGGAAGGUUGCCUACAGAAAGUUUUAAAUUCAACUCACCAGUCUGGCCAUGAAAGUCCUCAGAAUGAGCUGAAAGCUCUACGAGAAUCAUUUGAAUUCAUAGAAGCAUCUGCUAAGGAUGCUGCUGAAUCACUUGAAAAUCUCAUGAAGCAAUGGUCAGAUUAUGAAGAACGUGUUAAAGAAAUGAUGGCAUGGAUGAAAGAUGUAGAAAGUUCUCUUCAAAAUAUUUGUUUGAAAGAAGGUUUACCUGAAAAGAGGGCUCAGCUUGAAAAAUUGAAAAACAUCCAAGGAGAUAUAAGAGAGAAAGAACUUGAAAUAGAUGCUCUCACUGAUAAAAUCCAUCAGCUCCAUAAGGGACCAAGCAAGCGUCGUGUUAGUCAACUUAGUGAAUUAGGAAUCCAUUACCAAAUUUUAGUUUCACUUGCUAGGGAUACUUACACGAAAUGGAACCAGUAUGUAAUUGAUCAUCAAGAUUUUAUAAAUCAUACAUCAGAAUUUGAGAAAACUUUAACUGAAAUAAAAGCAAAACUUGAACAAUGUCAGUCACCAGAAGGCACAUUGGAAGAUGUACAAGAGAAGCUAGCAAUAGUCCAG